AUGAAUUCACGCGAGUAUCAGCAACCAUCCUCUCCUCCGCCGCCUUAUUAUCCCACUGUCAAUGAUAAUCAACAGAAACAUCGUUCUGACAGCUCUUCAAAUCAAAAUUAUUCUGAAUCACGACAAGAGCACAUACCUGAGUUCGAUGAGUUUAUCAAUCGCUAUGAAAUUAAUCCAAGUUUUGCUGAAAAAUUAUAUGGACUAAGAGGUUACGAGAUCGUUUUUAUCUGUGAUGAUUCAGGUUCGAUGAGCGCGCCAGUCGGAGAAGUUACUAAUCCACGUGAAAAACAAAGGACACGUUGGGAUGAACUAAAACAAACAGUAUCGAUUGUUGUCGAUCUCGCUAGUAUUCUUGAUCCUGAUGGUGUUGACGUCUACUUUCUCAAUCGUGAGCCUAUGUUACAUGUGCACAUCCAUUUGUUUUUUUCAUGUUCAACGCCGAUUGUACCCGUUCUUCGACAAGUACUUAAAGACAAGCGUAACCAUAUUUAUGAGCGCAAGUUGCUCAUUCUCAUAGCAACUGACGGUAUACCAACAGACGAUAAAGAACGUACGGAUAUUCAUACACUUGAACAUGUUCUCAAAAAUGAACGCACACCUACUAAUCAAAUUCCAGUUACAAUCAUUGCGUGUACAGACGAUGAACAAUGUAUAGGAUAUUUGAACGGUUGGGAUAAAAAGAUUCCGAAUCUUGAUGUUGUCGACGAUUAUCGAAGUGAAAGAAACGAAAUUCAAGCCUAUCGUGGCAAACAUUUACCGUUCAGUUUUGGUGAUUACAUAGUUAAAAUUCUAAUGGGAAGUAUAGACAGUUGGUUUGAUAAUUGGGAUGAAAAACAAUAG